AUAAAUAGUCUCAAUAAUAAACAUUUACUAAACCAAUUAAUAAUUAAUUAUUUGAGAAACCGUUAGUAAAAAAAAUCGAAGACUAAAAUGUUACGGAUAUUACUAUUAGGUCUAUUAGUAGUGGUGUCUAUGCAAUCACCAACCGGUCUAUCAUUUAAUAAUCAAAAUGAAAUGAUUGAAUAUAUAAAUAGCUUGGAAGGCAUAACGUGGAAGGCCGGCAAAAAUUUUGAUGACUCCUACAAUUUGGAAGAUAUUAAGCGCCUGAUGGGUGUCCCUCAAAACCAAGUCGUACCCGAUGUUGAAUACUCUGAACCACCUGAAGUUGAUAUUAGCGAAAUACCCGAAUCAUUUGACUCUCGUGAAGCCUGGCCUACAUGUGAUUCAAUUAAAGAGGUCAGAGAUCAAGGAACUUGCGGCUCGUGUUGGGCCUUUGCAACAGUUGAAGCCAUCUCUGACCGCAUAUGUGUCGCCUCUAAUGGUAAACAACAGGUGGAGAUAUCAGCCGAAGACUUAGUUUCCUGUUGUUCUUCUUGUGGUUUUGGAUGUAACGGCGGAUAUCCGGAGUCUGCCUGGAGUUACUACCAGCACACCGGUCUAGUAUCGGGUGGUCUUUAUGGCAGCAAAAAGGGAUGUCGUCCUUAUACUAUAGCCGCCUGUGAACACCACACGACAGGCCAUUUGCCGCCGUGCGGCAAAUCGAUAGAACCGACACCAAAGUGCCAGAAACAAUGUAUCGCUGGAUAUAACAUUACCUACAAUGAGGACAAACAUUAUGGCAGCAAAACGUAUCAUUUCAGUAAUGACAACCAGAAAUUGCAGGCGGAUAUCAUGCAAAAUGGACCCGUUGUGGCCACUUAUCAGGUUUUCGAAGACUUCUUGUCCUACAAAUCUGGUGUUUACUAUCACGUGACCGGUCCGUCGGCCGGCUAUCACGCCGUUAAGAUCAUCGGUUGGGGCGUUGAUAACGGUGUCGACUACUGGCUUGUGGCCAACUCGUGGAAUGAAGACUGGGGUGACAAAGGACUCUUCAAGAUCAGGAGGGGUCGCGACGAUUGCGGGUUUGAACAACAAAUUAGUGCCGGUUUACCCAAAUUGUAAAUUAUUUAUAAGUUUUGUUAAUCAAUAAUUAACUGAAAAAUAAAUUGUCAUUUAUAUUAAAUCUAAAGUUCCUAAUAAAACUAUGCAAAUAUUUUAAU